CUAAAUACAAAAAUACAGCAAAUUAAAGCACUUCUCCUUGUUCUAUAAAAAUAGUCCUUCAUAAUACAAACUUCUCUCUCAAAUCCUCUCUUUCCCUUUCACAAACUCUGUUUCUUUCUCUUUUUAACUGUUCAAAAUCUGCAAUGGAAUAUAGCAAGGAGAAAACUGGACCAUGGCUAUCAGUGCCACAAUUUGGAAACUGGGACCAAAAGGGUGCAUUCCCAGACUACUCUAUGGAUUUCUCUAAAAUAAGAGAGAAUAGGAAACAAAACAAGAAAGACUUGUCAAGAGCCAGUUUAGGUAAUGAGAAAGAGCUCAUUUUUAAUACCAAAAAGGAUGUAAAUUCAGGUUACUCUCCCCACAGUAAUGAUCACCAUUACCAUCAAAACCGCUGUCCCACUAGGAUGAGAAGGAUCUUCAACUAUUUCAACUGCUGUAGUGCAAAAGCUUGAAGUUCAAGGGAUUGAUUUCUUCCAACUUGUUUGUAAUGAUAAAUAUAGAAAUUUUAUUUCUCCUAUGUGUUUUGAGGGACUCUUCCAAGAAAUAGGAAAAUAAUUUUGUGGAUUUUGAGAUUGUGGUGAUCAACAAAAUGUUCCUAUGGUAGAGCAAUGAAGUAGUUAAGGAAAAUAUUUGUUCUAGCUAGUAUGACUUUCUGUAAAGGGAAAUAUUCUCAAAUCAUCCAACUUUACUUUUAGCUAGAUUGUGGUUAUUUACUGUUAACAAUCUUGAUAAGUGUUUUCCAUAAUCCAACAAAGUUUCUUUUGUAA